AUGAAAUGCUUCAAUUUCACAGCCUCCAGGGACUGGUUAUACCGCCACUCCUUCACCGCCGCCGGAAUGCGCUCACUCACCACCGAUCUCGGCAACGGCACCGUCAUGCAUUGCUGGGCCCCAAAACAACCAACAACACGCAAUCCCACCGCCCUUUCUUCCCGCCCAGCUCUCGUCCUCCUCCACGGCUUCGGCGCCAACGCCAUGUGGCAAUACGGCGAUCACCUCCGUCAUCUCACGGCCCGAUUCGACGUUUACGUGCCGGACCUCCUCUUCUUCGGCGGAUCUCAUACGGAGGCUGCGGAUAGGAGCGAGGCUUUCCAGGCUCGGUGCGUGAAGAGAUUGUUGGAAGAGGGGCACGGGGUGAGGAGGAUGAGGUUGGUUGGGAUCAGCUACGGUGGAUUCGUGGCGUACAGUAUGGCGGCGCAGUUCCCUGAGAUGGUUGAGGGAUUGGUGUUGUGCUGCACUGGGGUUUGCCUUGAGGAAUCGGACAUGGCGGAUGGGAUGUUUAGGGUUCCGGAUUUGGAAGAGGCGGCGUCGAUUUUGUUGCCCCAAACGCCCAAUAAGCUUAGGGAGUUGAUGCGGUUGUCCUUUGUUAAGCCUGCUAGGGUUGUUCCCUCUUGUUUUCUCUCCGAUUUCAUCGACGUGAUGUGUACAGAGUUUGUAGAAGAAAAAAGAGAAUUAAUUCAAGAAAUACUCAAAGGAAGAAAACUUUCUAAUCUCCCCAAAAUCAAACAGCCAACGUUGAUAAUAUGGGGAGACCAAGAUCAGAUAUUCCCUUUAGAACUAGGUUACAGAUUGAAAAGGCAUUUGGGAGAAAAUGCAGAAUUGGUGAUUAUUAAGAACGCGGGACAUGCUGUGAAUUUAGAAAAGCCCAAAGAGUUCCUUAAACACAUGAAAUCUUUUCUUGUGAAUUCUCUUUCACCUCCUUCAAAAAAUUGAAUCGUGUAAUCAUCAAUUAAAUUAAUAUAUAUGAGAUGAGAGUAUGUCCUUUUGAGUAGUUCACUUUGUUUUCAAAUUUUAACAGUAAAUAUAUAUAUCUUUUUGGAACAAAAAA